UUUCAUUGCAUUUAGUGACGUUGAUCCGGAACUAUUCCAAUUGGAAUGCGGAAGUGUCCCAGGUCGGGUUGCUUUCAAAACGUGCACAUUUCCUUUAAAGAUCUCGGGCACUCCAUUCAACGCAUAAUCCACAUUGUUUAUCGUCUCUUUCUUGUUUUAUAUUCGUCGCGCUCCAAGGCACUUUUGACAGGUGAACGGGGAUUUGUCAAAAAGAUGGUUGAUAAGAACGUCGUGCUCAGUCCCGCCGAGGAGAAAAUCAAAAUAAUAAAGUGGCGCGUGAAAGAGGGACACUCGGUGACCAACUUACAAGUGAUCCUAUUGUAUGAGGAAUGUGGGUCCGAGUCGAAGGAGGCGAAGAAGCUGAAGUCAAAUAGCUGCGGAGUCGUGAAGAAAUGUUUGUUUGCGGAUGGUGCAGUAGUGGAGAAGGGUUCUCCGAUCCUGGAGCUAUCGGCAUGCAUCCACACGACUGUGAUAAAGGACAUGUGUGCCGAUUGUGGCGCGGAUUUGCGACGUAACGAAAAUGGCAUGCAAACGGAGGCAUCUGUGCCAAUGGUACACUCUGUCCCGGAGUUGAAGGUAACACAGAAGUUGGCUCAGGAAUUAGGCAGAGCAGAUACCAAACGUUUGCUUGAAGAGAGGAAGCUGGUGUUGCUCGUAGAUUUGGAUCAAACGCUCAUUCAUACAACGAAUGACAAUGUCCCUGCGAAUAUAGGCGGCAUACACCACUUCCAGCUCUACGGUCCUAGCUCACCAUGGUACCACACUAAACUCCGACCUGGGACCGACGAGUUUCUUACUAAAAUAUCUUCGCUAUAUGAACUUCACAUCUGUACCUUUGGCGCGAGAAAUUACGCGCACACGAUAGCACAGCUCCUGGACAAGGACGGGAAACUGUUCUCCCAUCGAAUCUUAUCAAGGGACGAAUGUUUCAACAUCACCAGCAAAACUGACAACUUGAAGGCUUUAUUUCCAUGCGGUGACUCCAUGGUGUGCAUUAUUGACGAUCGGGAAGAUGUUUGGAACAUGGCCCCCAAUUUAAUCCAGGUGAAGCCAUAUCAUUUUUUCCAGCACACAGGGGACAUCAACGCGCCACCUGAAGUGGCAAAGCAUGAGCUGGACGGCAGUGGAGUCGAUUUCAAAGAUUUUGUUUCCCCCGAAAAUAAUGCGACUGAGGUCAAUAAAAGUAAAAGCGAACCGGGCGAAGAAGAAACAAAAGAGUCCUGUUCAAAGGAAGAAAAAUCAGAGUCGCAAUCAGGCGAAUCCAAUUCAUGCAGUUCAGAAAAAUCGGAAACAAAGGAAGACGAUGAAACCGACAAAAAAACAGAAAACGUAAGCAAAUCCGACGAUGAGACUGUUCGGCCGCGAAUCGAGGGAGGCCUUGUAAAAAUAGACGACCCAGACGACUACCUACUCUACUUAGAGACAAUCCUCAAGAACAUACAUGAAAACUUCUACAGCGUUUACGAUGAGAGCAAAGAGAUUCCAGACCUGAAAGCUUUAAUUCCAAGACUGAGAGCGGAAGUACUUCGCGGCAAGACGCUCGUUUUCUCGGGUCUUGUACCGAACAACAUGAAAUUAGAACAAAGUCGUGCAUUCAUGAUUGCCCGGAGUCUGGGUGCUAAUGUGCAUCAGCACAUAACUGACGAAGCUACGCACCUCGUGGCUGCAACGGCCGGAACUUUCAAAGUGAACGCAGCCAGAAAGAAUCGUAAUAUUCACAUAGUUACGCCCGAUUGGCUGUGGUGCUGUGCGGAGCGGUGGGAGCAUGUGAACGAGCGACUUUUUCCGUUAGAUCCCCAGAAGCCUAGCAAAAUGCGACAACCGCCACCUCAUUGUCACAGUCCCGAACACAUUGUCAAUUACAACGAAAAGCUAGAAACUAGUCCCGAGGAGAACAGCAUUGAACCAAAGUUCAUAGACACGAUCAAUCCGCUACUGAGUUUCUCCAACGCCGACCUAGCGGCGAUGAAUCAAGAGUUCAAUCAGUUUUUCGAAUCGGAAUCGUCCAGUGAAGACGAACACGCAAAUAUAGAAUUUCCCCCGCUUGACAAGAACCUUCGGAAACGGAAACGUGAGGAGGAGAAAGAGGAAAGACAGAGAAAUUUCUUUUCUCGAAAGGAGAACAGUUUGUUUGUGAUGGCUGGAGAAAAGCCGACUGAAAAUGAACAAAAUUCGACAGAGGACGAUGAGGAUGAAUCGCCCAGCGUGAAAUUUCGAAGGGGAGAAGGUUUGCCUUCAGAUUUGGAACUAGGAUCUGAUUCCGAUCAUAGCGAUAAUGGUGUAGGCGCGGAAGAUGAUGGAGAUUGGAAUAUGAUGGGAGCCGCAUUAGAACGAGAAUUUUUAGGAUUAGAGUAAAGAAAAUUGUGUAAUAAAAUGGACUUUUACAAAUU